AUGUGGGAACUGACAGCCCUCCUGCUCCUGGUUCCAAGCAGUGGGCAAGCUGCUACUCUGGAGAAGCCCAUAUUGUCUCUACACCCACCCUGGACCACAAUCUUCAAGGGGGAAAGGGUAACCUUGCGGUGUGAUGGGUACCACCCUCUGCUCCUGGAGCUCCGACCCAUCAGCACUCUCUGGUAUUUGGGCCACCUACUCCUGCCCUCUCACAAGAAGAGCAUCGAGGUGCAGACACCAGGGGUGUAUCGAUGCCAGACACGGGGAGCACCUGUCAGUGACCCCAUCCACCUCUCUGUAUCCAAUGACUGGCUGAUCCUGCAAGUACCCUAUGCUGCGGUGUUCGAGGGCGAGCCGCUGGUCAUGCGCUGCCGCGGUUGGUACGACAAGGUCGUCUACAAACUUCACUACUACCACGAUGGCCAACCCGUGCGCUACUUCCACUCCAGCGCCAACUACACGGUGCCCCAGGCGCGCGCCAGCGAUAGCGGGAGCUACCAGUGCUCCGGCACCAUGCGCAUCCCGGUGGAGAGCGCGCCCAUGUUCUCCGCCAAGGUGGCCGUGACCGUGCAAGAGCUGUUCCAGGCGCCGGUGCUGAGGGUGAUGGGCCGGGUGGAGGCUCGCGGCGCGGCCCUCGGCGGAGUGGUCUUGCGGUGCGAGACGCUCCUGCACCCUCAGAAGCGCGACACGCCGCUGCAGUUCGCCUUCUACAAGUACAGUCGCGCCGUGCGCCGCUUCGACUGGGGCGCCGAGUACACCGUCCCCGAGCCGGAAGUCGAGGAGCUGGAAUCGCAUUGGUGCGAGGUUGCUACCGCCAGCCGCAGCGUUCGGAAACGCAGCCCUUGGCUGCAGCUUCCGGGGCGGGGUUCUCCCCUGGACGUGGCGUCCACCACCGUCCCGGUCCCACAGGCCGCGGCUUUGGCGCCCGGUAACAAGCCGCUUUCCUUCAGAAAGCCCCCGCUGUCUAGAUCGGUCCCGUCGGUCACCUCUGUCCCUAACACCACCUCAGCCGGGCUGCUGUUUCCCGCGGGCGGAGCCCCCACUGCUGGGCCACCGGCCUGCGCUCCGCUGACCCCCUUGGAACAAACCACUGGAGCCCUAAAACCCGACGUGGACCUUCUGCUCCGAGAAAUGCAGCUGCUUAAAGGCCUUCUCAGCCGGGUGGUCCUGGAAUUAAAGGAGCCACAGGCCUUACCAGAGCACAGGGACACACUCGAGACCCCCGCUUCCCACUUUGCUGUGAGUCAGGGAACCCCUGAGACCACUGCUGUGGAGAGCUGAGGGAGGGGGUGGCUACUGCCCCCUCUCCAGGCGUAUCCAUCCCUGGUCUCUCCUGCUUCCCAUCACGUGGAGACCCUACAAAGACAUCACUGUUUGCAUCCCUCUGUCUUACUGUGGCUUAUCAAGUGUGGUGGCUGCCAUGUCAGUCUAACACAGCACAUCCUUGUAACCACAAGGCCUUCCCUCUGAUGGCUUCCUUCCCCUCACAGAUUUCAGUAAGAAGGAGAAACCUGUUAUUUACGAAGUUGAAUUUAGUCAUCCUUAGCUUUUCAUAUAAAUCCACCCAACAUGUAUUUCAGCACAGGCAAUGUUUUGGUUCUUAAGGUUAUUUGGUACUAAGCUCUUUGGAACAUUUAAGGGUCAAGUUGUGAUUAUUCAUCAUGACUUUAAUGUUAAAUUUUAAAAGACUGUCAUUUCUGUUUCUGAUGAGUGUAUACCUUCAAAGUCCUGGGCUAGUUUUAGAGAGGGAAAGGGACUCGUGUGGACCUCCAUUCCAGGUUAUAAGGGUCAGCUCCGAGUCUGUUAGACUCACCCAGAUGCACCUCCUGCACCAACAUAGCUAGACAGGCUGAUGGGCUCUGGUGGCAGCAGGCAGGCCAUGCUCACUUUAGCCUAACUAAACAAGUGGUACUAUUAGCAUCGAGAAAUCUCUGAAGACAGUUUAAGACAAAUUCUCAAAAUUGCUGAAUUCUAGUUUUUAGCAGGUUCUUACCUCCCUAAGAGCCAUUCCAACACUAACAUACAAUUCAAUUUUAUAAGUCCCU